AUGGCCAACACCUUCCGUUCCGCACGCCUCCUUUAUCGGGCAGUAGAAGAUCUGGAUGAAGAUUUUAUUCUCUCAGUUGAAUCUGACCCAACUAUCAGCGGCAACGCCAAUGUUGAGCUUUUGAGACCGGCGAGCAAACGAAACAUAAAGGGCCUCGUUCAUUUCAUGCAAGAAGUCGCACUCCUCGGCGUCAUCAUCUGCCUGCAGCCAACCCCAGACCGGACCGCAUCCUCCUCUCCAGACGUUGACGCAAGCCCUGUCACCGCACCCGCGUUCAAGAACCGCCGGCGGCGAAAUAGCGGGAAUACCAGUCGCUCUUCCGCCAAUUCGCAAAACGCAACGCCGAUCGGCUACAUCAGCUUGUCGCACGAACUUGGCCCCUCAAAUCCACACCACCGAAACGCAGCCAUCAGCGUCAGCAUCUCCGCUGCUUUUCAGGACCAGGGCUACGGCAGUGAGGCCAUCAACUGGAUCCUGGAUUGGGCCUUCGAAGUCGCUGGCCUGCACCGCGUUUCCAUCACGAGCUUUGCGUACAACGAGGGCGCAGGCCGCUUGUACGAGCGGUUAGGAUUUUCUCUCGAAGGACGAAGACGCGAGGCUCUUUGGUUCCGUGGCGGCUUCCAUGACAUGCUACUCUUUUCGAUGCUGAGGCACGAGUGGGAGAAGAGAAGCGGUGGCGUUUGA